CUCUCGGCGGCGGUAGCCCAGGCGGAGGGGUCCGCGGUGGCGGCGGUGGCGGCGCUGUUCCCCGCGCGGUCCGCGGAGCGGGGUCCGGGUUGUUCGACGUCGGGCGUCGGUGGCACUGCGGCCCCGGCCCGAGCCCGACCCCGGGUCCCCUCCCUGGCCGCCCCCCGCCCACGGGCCGCCCCCCGGGCCCUGUGUCCCCUCCCCCGCUGGCGGGGCCCGGACGGAAGAUGGUGCAGAAGAAAACAGCCGAACUUCAGGGCUUCCACCGUUCGUUCAAGGGGCAGAAUCCUUUCGAGCUGGCCUUCUCCCUAGACCCAGCCCACCACGCGGACUCGGACUUCAGCCCGCAGUGUGAGGCCCGCCCUGACAUGCCCACAAGCCAGCCCAUCGACAUCCCAGAUGCCAAGAAGAGAGGCAAGAAGAAAAAGCGAUGCCGUGCCACCGACAGUUUCUCAGGCAGGUUUGAAGACGUCUACCAGCUGCAAGAGGACGUGCUCGGGGAAGGGGCCCACGCCCGCGUGCAGACCUGUGUCAACCUCAUCACCAACCAGGAGUAUGCAGUCAAGAUCAUCGAGAAGCAGCCAGGCCACAUUCGCAGUAGGGUGUUCCGGGAGGUGGAGAUGCUCUACCAGUGCCAGGGACACAGGAAUGUUCUGGAGCUGAUCGAGUUCUUUGAGGAGGAGGAUCGUUUCUACCUGGUGUUUGAGAAGAUGCGAGGUGGUUCCAUCCUGAGUCACAUCCAUAAGCGGCGACACUUUAACGAGCUGGAGGCCAGUGUGGUGGUGCAGGAUGUGGCCAGCGCCUUGGACUUCCUGCACAACAAAGGCAUCGCCCACAGGGACCUAAAGCCCGAGAACAUCCUCUGUGAGCACCCCAACCAGGUCUCUCCUGUAAAGAUCUGCGAUUUCGACCUGGGCAGUGGCAUCAAACUCAACGGGGACUGCUCUCCCAUCUCCACCCCAGAGCUGCUUACCCCGUGCGGCUCUGCAGAGUACAUGGCCCCAGAGGUGGUGGAGGCCUUCAGUGAGGAGGCCAGCAUCUACGACAAGCGCUGCGACCUGUGGAGCCUGGGUGUCAUCCUCUACAUCCUGCUUAGCGGUUACCCGCCAUUCGUGGGCCACUGUGGCAGUGACUGUGGCUGGGACCGUGGGGAGGCCUGCCCUGCCUGUCAGAACAUGCUGUUUGAGAGCAUCCAGGAGGGCAAGUAUGAAUUCCCAGACAAGGACUGGGCCCACAUCUCCUUCGCCGCCAAAGACCUCAUCUCCAAGCUGCUUGUCCGUGAUGCCAAGCAGAGGCUGAGCGCUGCCCAAGUCCUGCAGCACCCCUGGGUGCAAGGGUGUGCCCCAGAGAACACCCUGCCCACGCCCAUGGUCCUGCAGAGGAACAGCUGUGCCAAAGACCUCACGUCCUUCGCAGCCGAGGCCAUCGCCAUGAACCGGCAGCUGGCUCAGCGAGAGGAGGAUGAGGCUGAAGAAGAGGCCACGGGGCAGGGCCCGCCUGUUGUCAUCAGACCUACCUCACGCUGCCUGCAGCUGUCCCCGCCCUCUGAGUCCAAGCUGGCCCAGCGGCGGCAGAGAGCCAGCCUGUCCACCGCCCCCGUGGUCCUUGUGGGGGACCACGUGUGACCCCCCAGUCCCUUCUCUGUACAUAGGUCACCCCCUUCCCAUCAGACCUGAAAGGCUUUGGCGCUGUGGCCAGUCAGGGCCCAGGGGCUGCCCUCCCUCUGCUCUGGCCGUGUCCGGGCUCGCCCAGCUGGGGGUGUUUUAUAGAAGGUUUUUGCUGUUGGUUUUUUUUCCUUCUUCCCCUCGUUCCCCUCCCAUUUUUUUUGUUUUUCUGUUUUGUUUUUGUUUGUUUUUUUCUUCCUUUUGACGGUGUUAAAAGCAAAGCAAGUGCCCCGGGGAGGAGAGCGGAGGGCGUGUGGCUGGGCGAGCCCCUCCUGCACCUGCCCGUGAUGCUCACCGGUACUGUGAAGGUCUCUGUGCCCCACCAGGCACCUGUGCCCCCGGCUGCCUCCCUCAUCGCCCGCUUCCAGCCAGUCUGCCAUCUCUGAGUGCUGGGGGGAUGCACAGGGCCCCGCCCAUCCCUCCCCACCCUCAGUAUUUUCAGGGACAGCCCCCCUCCCAGUGACGAGCAGAAGCCCCUUCACUGCUUACCCCCGGGGCACCCUGGCAGCCUGGGCGGGGGCAAGGGCCUCACUUGUGAAAGGAGGGCUGGGGUUCCAGUAGGGGGGCAGCACUAGAUCCCCAGCCCCCAGCCCCUGGCCCGAGCUCGCCUGCCCACCCGCCCUGUCCUUUGAGAGCUGACAAUCGGGGCUCCUUCCCAAGCUGUCUGAGUGGAUCCCCGCCAGCUGGACUUGGUCUCUGACCUUGACCUUAAACUGCAGCUGGCACGGGGACAUACCCACUGCUCCCUCCCACUCCCCCGGGACUGAAGCUGGAGCCUGAUCAACACUCAGAGUGGUUCCACCAAGGUGGGUGAGGGGCAGGACAGGUGCCCAUCAGCCAAUGUGGGGUCCCAAGGUGUCUCCCUACCCCCAGGGCACCUGAGUGCCCCUUCUCAGGGCUCAGUCUGACUAUGCCCAUGUCCUGCCCCACAUUGGCCCUGAGUCUGGCCUUUGGAAGCUCUGUCACACACACCCCCAUCUCCAGAGCUGGGGCCAGACCCAGGGGUACCCCAAAUCCCUCCCAUCCCCCACCUCCAAGGGCAGCGACUUGUGUGUGCCCACCUUCAGGAAAACGGCCACAGCUUGGCCUCCCUUGGGGCAACCAGGAAUGGCCGGGGAGGGGCCGCUGGGUGCCCCCCCAGCUCUGACCCACUGCGCCUGGCCAGCCGGCUGUGGGCCUGGGGUCCGCCGCUGGGUCCUUGGCCGUGAACUUCUAUGCAAUACCAGUUCCCAUUUUCUAUGUGCAGUGCAGCCCUGCUGGUCAGGGGGGCAGCAGCGGGGGUGCUGGGCCACUGCCUGGCCAGUCCAGGCCUGCUCAGGUGUCUUGGGGCAGGGACUGGGCAAGCCCCCUGGCCUCCGAAUCCGUGGUCAGGAUCGUUUGUCACAUUUAGUUAGUUUUUUUAAACCAUCAUUUGACUUGCUUCCCCGUUGAAGAAUACUUGAAUGUCGGAGGGGCCUCGCUGGAGGGGGCUCAGACACUGCCCAGCCCCUUACCAGCGUCACAGUCUGGUGGCCUGCGGGGGGGGGGGCGACGUCCGGCCCCAUCCUCUGCCCUUCUGUAUCUGUGGACCGACCUUUCCAAAGAGCCUGGAGGGGUGGGGAGCCGCCCAGCCCCGCCCCAUCCUCGCUGGUGGCGGCGCUGCCUGCCCUGGGGACUCUGCCUGGCCGCCUCGCGUGGAAGGCCACGCCGCAGCAGCUGUCGAACCUCCCCAGAGAUGGGCCUGUCACUUCCUCUCCCCCAUUGCCUCCACACCGCCACCGGAGGACUGGUUAGAGCCGCUACUGUGAAUGAGCGACGGUCGGGAGCGACCCCUGACCCGCUCCCGGCGCCGGGAAGGGGGCUGGCCGCUGACCAUGUCCAGAGGCUCAAGACGCGGAAGAACUCGAAACUGAGAAAGUGGGGCGAAGACAUCCAAGCACUUUAACUCCAUUGUACCAGGUGAACGAUUGAGCUCGAAAGUUUUCCUUUACACCAACUGUCAAUGCCAGAAUUUUGUAUUCUGUUUUGUAAGGAUUUAAUAAAAACCGUAAAAAAUG